UUAAGAAUUACAAACUAAAAACCUGGCAACCACACCGAAAAUUCAUGUGUUUAUAAACUAUUAGCUGUUUUUACUCUUUAUUUAUAUAUUAAAAGCAACAAAAUUUAUAUGAAAUGAAUAUCCGGAACAACGAUCCAGGGGCCGUUCAAUAUGGAAACUUCAUGAACUAUUAUCAAUUCAAUUCGGCCUCGGAGCGGGUUAAACUUUUGCCUGACAAGGAUAUAUGGCUCCCACCUGUGGAAGAAGGCCGGGAAACCCCCGAAUACAAACCUUACUAUGUGCUAGAUGUGGGCUGCAAUUCCGGCGUUUUCACCAAACUCCUACACAAACACUUGGAGCAGCUUCUGCAGCGACCUGUGACAAUAAUAGGUGUCGAUAUAGACGAACGCCUCAUCGAACGUGCCCUGGCGGACAAUACUAAUACUUUAAUCAGCUACAACUGCCUGGAUGUCCUAGACGAGACAGGUUUUGCCUCCAUAACGAGGCACCUUAAUUGCUUACAUUGCAAAAAGUUUGAUGCCGUUUGCUGCUACUCCAUUACCAUGUGGAUUCAUCUGAAUCACCACGAUCAGGGUCUACAAUCGUUCCUAAAGAAGCUAUCGGACAUAGCUGAACUCUUGGUGGUGGAGCCGCAACCCUGGAAGUGCUACCAAACGGCCGUGAGACGAAUGAAGAGAGCGGGCGAUGGCUUUCCGCUCUUCCCGCAACUCAAAUGGCGUUCCGACGUGGAGCUGCAGAUACAAAAUUACCUGGAGCAGACACUGGGUCGCCGAAAGACUUUUGAAUCCACGCCCACCAAGUGGCAGCGAAAAAUAUGUUUUUACAGAUGAUGGAAAAUAUCAAAAUCAAUUAUUAUUUAUCCCUCUUUUCAUAUUAAAACAAACAAUAACCUUUAAA